AUGUCAGUCUUUGAUAACCCCGCCUUCAUCGAAGAAUGCGUCAAGACGACGGCGUCGAUACACGCGGACGCUGUCCACCACACCGCCGGCCCUGCCAGUGGUUCUCCGCAGCGCCGAUUCGGGAGCGAUGCGGAACGCGGCCUUGGUCCCGUCGGGCCGGAGAUUCUGAGAUUGUUGGAGGAGCUGUCCUCUGCGGUCUUGGGUGUGCACGCGUCAGGCCACGAUCGGGACCAACACCCGUCGCUCCUUACUGAUCGCCUCGACGGAGAGAUUGAGCGGACGUACCGAAGGUUCUACGACUUUGUGUACGCGGAUUUGCCAUAUCAUUGGAGGCAGCUGUACACUGAUCUAAGCCUUCUCAAGUUUUCGGCUCUGGUGUUUUUGCACGAGACGAAGAGAGUAUGGGAGGGCGUGAAGGGAGGAGGGAAGGGUAAUGGGGGGAAUAGGGCGGCGGCGGCGGCGGAGGAGGAGGAGGAGAGGCUGCUGGAUGAGCUUGUCGCGGUCCUAGACAAGGCGCUCAUACUUGCUGGGGGAGCGGGACUUGCGCGUGGGAGGAGGACGACUUCGAGAUUGCUUGGUUACUUGGAUGAUGCGCCGUCGUCGUCACAGAAUUCAUCAUCGUCAUCUUCGUUACGACGAUCUACUCGUCCCCCCCUCCCAGGAACAUUCCCGUCGUCACGCCCCUUUACGCCGGCCGUGUGCAACCCCAUUCGCGUCGUGGACUCCAUGUCAAUGUCGGCGUUCCAAUCCUACCUGGACCGCCGCCAUUAUCCAGGGAGAAAGGCGGACGACGGCGAUGCAGACUUGGACCUGGGACCGGAGCCGCUGGUCCUGACGUCGCUCAUGACGCGCUGGCCCGCACUCUCGACAAGGCCUUGGUCUUCGCCGGGCUACCUGCUCUCGAGGACACACGGCGGGCGGCGGUUGGUGCCGGUGGAGGUCGGGCGGAGCUACGUCGACGAGGGGUGGACGCAGGAGCUGAUUCCGUUCCGGGAGCUGCUGGCUCGCGUAGUUGCGCCACCUGGCUUGUCGUCCGCUUCUCCAGCAACGACGACGCACAAUGGCCCCGAAGCACGAGAACAAGACGGCGAGGGAGAGGAGGAGGAUGGGCAGGGAAGUACAACAGGGACGACGUACCUCGCCCAGCACGAGCUCUUCGCGCAGCUCCCGCACCUGCAAAACGACAUCCUCACGCCGGACCACUGCUUCACGACGCCGCCGCCGCACCCGCUGAACCGGGAUGCUGACAAGCCGGAGCUGGACGUGCCGCUGGUGAACGCGUGGUUCGGCCCCGCGGGGACGAUUACGCCGUUGCAUACGGACGGGUAUCAUAAUUUGCUCUGCCAAGUUGUCGGGGCAAAGUAUGUGCGGUUGUACGCGCCGCGGGAUUCGGAGGCAAUGUGUCCAAGGGGGGUUGAGUAUGAUGAUGAUGACGAUGACGAUGACGAUGUCGAAGGGAAACAUGAAGGAGACGGGAGAGUCAAAAAGGUGGACAUGAGUAACACGAGCGCAUUUGACGUCGGCGCCGUGGAGGGCUGGGACCCCGACACGGAGGGGCGGGACGCGAUGGAGCUGGAGGAGUUUCGCGGGUUGCGGUACUGGGACUGCGUGCUCGAGGCCGGGGACGUGUUGUAUAUACCCAUCGGGUGGUGGCACUACGUCCGCAGCCUGAGUGUGAGUUUCAGCGUGAGCUUUUGGUGGAACGGGGAUCAUUAUGUUGGGCCGGAGGACAAGGCAGAUGAUUGA